UUGACUCUGUGGAUUGAUUCUUAGGUCUCUCGGCCCAUACAUAUCUAAUUUUGGGCUUACUUAAUUAGGCCUCUUGUCGUAGGAAUUGGGCUUUAUAAAAAUCAGAGACCAUUGAAAGUACGACGAUCACGGAACAAAAAAAAGGAAGGAAGGAAGAGAUGCUUGCGAAACAAACGCCAUUAACAAAACAAAUGCUCUCCGAGCUCUUACGAGCAAGUUCUUCAAAGCCGAAGCAGCUUAAGAAGAUCCACGCGGUUGUAAUAAGGACAGGUUUCUCUGAAAAGAACAGUCUUUUAACUCAGUUGUUAGAGAAUCUUGUACUUGUAGGUGACAUGUGUUACGCACGCCAGGUGUUCGACGAAAUGCCCAAGCCGAGGAUCUUCCUUUGGAACACUCUUUUCAAAGGGUACGUUAGAAACCAGCUCCCUUUUGAAAGUGUCCUACUUUAUAAGAAAAUGCGUGAUCUUGGUGUCCGUCCUGAUGAAUUUACUUACCCGUUUGUGGUGAAGGCGAUCUCUCAGCUUGGGGUUUUGCCCUGUGGGGUUUCCCUUCAUGCCCAUGUGUUGAAAAAUGGUUUUGAGUGUCUUGGGAUUGUUGCAACUGAGUUGGUGAUGAUGUACAUGAAGUUUGGUGAAUUGAGUUCGGCUGAGUUCUUGUUUGAGUCAAUGCAAGUCAAGGAUUUAGUGGCUUGGAAUGCGUUUAUUGCGGUUUGUGUUCAAACCGGGAACUCCGCUAUAGCUCUUGAGUAUUUCAACAAGAUGUGUGCGGAUGCAGUUCAGUUUGAUUCUUUUACUGUUGUGAGUAUGCUUUCUGCUUGUGGUCAGCUGGGCUCUUUGGAUAUCGGAGAAGAAAUUUAUGAUCGCGCGAGGAAAGAAGAGAUUGAAUGUAACAUAAUAGUCGAAAAUGCAAGGCUUGAUAUGCACUUGAAGUGUGGUAGCACCGAAGCUGCCAGGGUAUUAUUCGACGACAUGAAACAAAGGAAUGUGGUUUCAUGGAGCACGAUGAUUGUAGGAUAUGCAAUGAAUGGCGAUAGCGGAGAAGCCUUGGCAUUGUUCACUAUGAUGCAGAACGAGGGACUAAGACCGAACUACGUGACAUUUCUCGGGGUGUUAUCUGCUUGUAGCCAUGCUGGACUAGUGAAUGAAGGAAAAAGGUAUUUCAGUCUCAUGGUUCGAUUGAAUGAUAAGAAUCUUGAGCCAAGAAAAGAGCAUUAUGCAUGUAUGGUUGAUCUAUUGGGACGCUCUGGUCUUCUAGAGGAGGCUUAUGAAUUUAUCAAAAAGAUGCGAGUGGAACCAGAUACCGGUAUCUGGGGAGCUUUGUUGGGUGCUUGUGCAGUUCAUCGUGAUAUGAUCUUGGGGCAGAAAGUGGCCGACGUUCUUGUAGAAACAGCUCCUGAUAUUGGUUCAUACCACGUACUACUGUCUAAUAUCUAUGCAGCUGCUGGUAAAUGGGAUUGUGUUGACAAAGUAAGGAGUAAAAUGAGGAAGCUGGGCACUAAAAAGGUUGCUGCCUAUAGUUCCGUUGAAUUUGACGGCAAAAUCCAUUUUUUCAAUAGAGGAGACAUAUCACAUCCGCAAUCAAAGGCGAUAUAUGAGAAAUUGGAUGAAAUCUUGAAGAAGAUAAGAAACAUGGGGUAUGUUCCCGAUACGGGUUCAGUAUUUCAUGAUGUGGAAAUGGAGGAAAAGGAAUCUUCUCUUAGUCAUCACAGUGAGAAGCUUGCUAUUGCAUUUGGACUCAUUAAUGGGAGAGCAGGACAUCCUAUACGGGUUAUGAAGAACUUGAGAACCUGUGAUGAUUGCCACGUUUUCUCCAAGUUUGUUUCCAGGCUUACAUCAAGAGAGAUCAUCAUGAGAGACAAGAACAGGUUUCACCACUUCAGGAAUGGUAUCUGCUCUUGUAAAGAGUUCUGGUGACUUCACAUAUUGAUGUUCUGAUUAUCAAGAGAAAAUCUGAUGAGAAAUGCAUCCACAGAUUUUAAAAGUAUCUGAAGCUUUGAAUAGUAACAAAAGACCAGUUGAUGCAAAACCAAGCUCCUGAUCCACUAAACUUGCAUAUGGCAACAAAUCGUGAAGCUUUUGGUUUAAUCUUCUGCACAAGUCAGAAGCCUGCAAGAGAGAGAGACUCUACUGAAUAAGGAGAUAAAGAAUGGUCAAAAUUUGUGAAUAUGAAUUCAAUGUUUAUGUCAGUCAUUAGAUGCUAUUGACACUGAUCAAAAACAGAGUUUGCCUCUGUUAAUGGUUUUCUCUGAGAGUUGAAAAGCAGAGACAUGGAAGAAGCAAGAAAUAGAAAAAGUUCUCGUGAAAGACAGAGAGAGAGAGAUGGAGACAAAACAGAGAACAGAGGUUAUCUCACUUGUCGUCAAGACAUUCCAAGUAAAAAGACUCUGCAACAACGGUAUCUUUUUUUUUUUUUUGGGUCAAUUUAGCAAAACUAAGGUAAUCAAUCCUCCAUUGAAAGCUACUUGCUUUUAUUAGUAAAAACACUUUUUACAUUAUUAACAUUUUGAUUUUUACA